CGAUUGGUGGAGGAGAUGGGCAGGCGCCGUGGUGGGCGGGGCCAGCGCUUCCUUCCGCUGCCGGCGGGGCGCGGGCCGGUGCGGGCCCUCCGCGGUGCGGGCCGGGCCGCGGGGCGAGCGGCGGCGAUGGAUCUGUUCGGGGACCUGCCCGAGCCCGGCGCCGCCGCGGGGAAAGAUGCCCCAAAAGGGCCUCUGCUCUUUGACGAUCUGCCACCCUCCAGCAGUGCUGACUCAGGAAAAGAAGGCUCUUUGCUCUUCGAUGGUCUCCCACCAGCCAGCAGUGGUGACCCAGCCUCCAGUGCUACUAAGCAAGUCUCAUCAGCAGAGAGCCAAGAGAAAGGACAGAAGAGAAAGUCCUUGGAGGAGGAGGAAGAGAAGAAUGGCAGGGAAGAACUUGUGGAAAAGAAAGUUUGUAAAGGAUCAGUGGGCAUUCUUGGCCUGAAGGGUUAUGUGGCAGAGAGGAAAGGUGAGAGAGAAGACAUGCAGGAUGCACACGUCAUCUUGAACGACAUCACCGAGGAGUGCCGGCCUCUGCCCUCCCAAAUCACGCGUGUCUCGUACUUCGCUGUUUUUGAUGGCCACGGGGGAGUCCGAGCCUCCAAAUUUGCAGCACAGAAUCUGCACCAAAACCUGAUAAAGAAAUUUCCUAAAGGUGAGGUAGCCAGCGUGGAAAAAACUGUGAAGAGAUGCCUUUUGGACACCUUCAAACACACAGAUGAGGAGUUCCUAAAGCAGGCAUCCAGCCAGAAGCCAGCGUGGAAGGAUGGCUCCACAGCUACUUGUGUCUUAGCUGUUGACAAUAUUCUCUACAUAGCCAACCUCGGGGACAGCCGGGCCAUUCUGUGUCGUUACAAUGAGGAGAGUCAGAAGCACACAGCCCUGAGCCUCAGCAAGGAGCACAACCCCACCCAGUACGAGGAGAGGAUGCGGAUACAGAAAGCUGGGGGAAACGUCAGGGACGGGAGAGUCCUGGGAGUGCUGGAGGUUUCCCGCUCCAUUGGGGAUGGCCAGUACAAGCGCUGUGGUGUGAUCUCUGUGCCAGAUAUCAAACGCUGCCAGCUCACACACAAUGACAGGUUCAUUCUGAUAGCGUGUGACGGCCUCUUUAAAGUCUUUACACCAGAAGAAGCUGUGAACUUCAUUGUGUCCUGCCUGGAGGACAAGACCAUGCAGAUGAGGGAGGGGAAGCUGGAGGCGGACGCGCGCUACGAGGCGGCGUGUAACCGGCUGGCCAGCAAGGCCGUGCAGCGCGGCUCGGCCGACAACGUCACCGUCAUGCUGGUGCGCGUGGGGCGCUGAGCGGCUGCGGCGGGCACGCCGUGUGUGGGGCCUGCAGUGUAAAUAAAGAUGGGCUUUUUCUAACAGGUUAGCUCGCUCGCUGCUGGGGUUCAGUGUCUUGGCAAAGGUGAAUUCAUCUGGGGGCAUGAGCUCUGCCAGCUGUUUAAUGGGACAGUUGUGCUGUCCGCAUCCUUGAGCUGUGUGCAAGACCCUGGAGUUCCAGCACUCGGUACCAUACAGACUGUGAGGUACUCCAGGCCACCAGCUUGGGGUGUGGUAUGGGCUGUCCUCUUCACACUGGGUAGGAAGUCUGCCUCUGAAGCUGUCCCUCAGCUGCAGGCAGCCUCACAGCCACAAACGCCCCUUGCAGAGCAGCAGCAUACCUGCCCCGUGCUUGCAGAACAUGUUGGAGUUUUACCACAAUGUUGGUAUGGAAAAAGUGGCUGGAGUUUGCUCCUGGUGUUUUUUGGAAAAAGUGUUUUCACCAAAUGGACUUGGUGAAAAGGCAGCUGAGCUGCAGGCAGGCUCUGUGCUUGUCUGUGCUAUCUGAGGAGAAGGCAUCUCAGGUUUUAGGUACUAAUUAGUGUCUGGUGUCUCAUCCUGUCUCAGUGCCUCUACCAGCUGUUGCUGCAGUCAGUGUGCUGUUUUCCAGAGAAAAUCUGGCCCAAGACCAAAUGACAGAAUGAAAGCUAAAUGGAUUGAGCUACCUUACCCUGAAGUUUCCAAUUUCCCACCCUGUGUGUGAGGGGGCAGGGAGGGAGGUGGGCUGAGGGAGGUGUGCAUUGUGGUUGCCUCCUUGCUCUGAUGAGGCACAGCUGUAGUCCAUGGAGAGGGGGGCAAGGGCAGGGUGGUGCCUGCUGUUUUGUGCAGGGCUGUGAGGCUUCCCUGGCUCCUUUCUGUUUUCUGUGUCUCUGGAACUUUGGGACUUGGUCCCAGCUCCUGUCCUGUUCGGGACAGAUGGCUUGACCAUCUUCCAUUUCUGCUCCAGCAGUAGUGAGUUAUAUUUCAUGGGUUUAGUCUGGGGGUGCAUACUGACUCUCUGCAUCUCCUGCAGAGCACUGAGGAAGGAAUGGCCCUCUGGCACAGAUUUUGGGUAGUGCUGGUCCUCUGCCAGCUUGUUCUGCCCCCAGCCAUUCCUGUGUGUGUUGAUGUAAGGCUGCAGUGCAGGAUGAGCUGAGAGGGAAUGCCUUUGUUAGCAGCACACUCUCCUGUUUCUACUCUUGAAAGGCAAAUUUGGAGAGCCCAGACAGAGUACCAUGGAGUUGCUUCUGUUGUGGCAAAAUAAACCUUGAUUGCAAAUUUCAGAAAGGUAACUUGCUUUCCCUUCUCAGCUCCCCCUUUUUCCAGACCCAGACACCCCUGCCCAUAAACUGCUGCAUUAACAGCUCCUUCACCAGGCUCCUCAGGGAGAUGCAGCCCUUGGAGAAGGGCAGGCAGGGCCAGGGACAUCCCUGGGAGAAGGUGGGGCUGUUAGCUCAGGCUAUCUUGCAGAGUUGCUGGCAGCACUUAGCCAGCUCCGAGUGCUACUCGGAAAUCCAACGCUCGGCCUUCCUGGUGCUCCUGCUGCAGCCCUGGCUCUGGCACGUAGGCCCGUGGCCCUGCUGAGCCCAGCAGCUAUCACAGCCAGAGAGCUGGGCUGUAUCUGGGCUGCCACAGCCAGGCCCUGUGCCACGGGCAGGGAGUGCCUGCUCUGGGGAGUCACAGGGCAGCAAUUUGCUUCAAUCCAGCGUUGUUGGGGCUUUGCUUUGAUGAUCAGUAUAAAGGAUGUUGGCUCCUGCCAGCAAACCCUCUGCUCACACACUGAGGGAGCUAAAGCAAUGCAUGAUC